CAGUUUCUAUACCUCUCAACGACGCGAGAGAGAGAGAGAGAGAGAUGGCGGCGUCGUUGAGACCGGCGAUUCUCCGGCACAUCCGGCUCCCUGUCCGGUCACAAGGCCAGCCUGUGCUACCCUCAUGGCUCAGCUCUAUCCGGGCGAUGUCCGGCCAUGGCGACGACCACCUGACUCGAGAGGAAGUGGUGGAUCGGGUGCUCGACGUCGUUAAGAGUUUCCCCAAGGUCAACCCUUCCAAGGUGACAGCGGAGGUGCAUUUCCAGAAGGAUUUGGGGCUGGACAGCCUUGAUGUAGUGGAGAUCGUGAUGGCGCUUGAGGAGGAGUUCAAGCUUGAGAUCCCAGACAAAGAGGCUGACAAGAUCGACUCCUGUCCUCUCGCCAUUGAGUAUAUCGCCAAUCAUCCCAUGGCCGGUUAGCCAUUACAUCUCUUCUUCCUAUCCUUCUCUGUUCUUAGAGAGGAGGCCCCUGUGUCUUGUUGCAAUAAUUUGCAUUGUGGAAAAAACUUGUUUGAUGUUUCACACUCGAAAAAACUUGAACUUUUUU